CAUUUUCAACGAAUGCUACCCAAUAUCCUCAUCCUCGCCGCCACCUUCAUCUGCUCAAUUUCCACCAAUCCCUAACCCUAAUUUCCGAUUCUCAUACCAAAAAUGGCAACCAGAGAACCGGAAAUCAUCAGAAACAAACAACAGAUGAGGAACUGGUCGAGAUCUAUGAGAGCUCAAGGCAAAACGAUUGGAUUAGUACCAACAAUGGGUUACCUCCAUCAAGGCCAUCUCUCACUCAUCACAGAAGCUCAAAAACACACUCAACUUAUUGUUGUUUCAAUAUACGUAAAUCCAGGUCAAUUUUCCGCAAAUGAAGAUCUCUCCACCUAUCCAUCGGAUUUCCAAGGCGAUAUUGAAAAACUCAAGUCGAUUCCCAAUGGUGUUGAUGUUGUUUUCAAUCCACAAAAUCUGUAUGAUUAUGGAGUAGAGAGAGAAAGAUCUGGUGGAAAUAAGAGAGAGAAAGAGGGAGGGAUUGUGUCUUGUUUGGAGGAUGAAGGAAGAGGUGGGAUUGGUCAUGAGACAUGGAUUAGGGUUGAGAGAUUGGAGAAGGGAAUGUGUGGGAAGAGUAGGCCUGUGUUUUUCAGAGGCGUUGCUACUGUUGUGGCUAAAUUGUUCAAUAUCGUUGAACCUGAUGUUGCUGUUUUCGGGAAGAAGGAUUAUCAGCAAUGGCGGAUCAUUCAACGAAUGGUUCGAGAUCUUGAUUUUGCUGUUAAAGUGAUUGGUUCUGAGAUGAUACGAGACGAAGAUGGCCUAGCGAUGAGCUCCCGUAAUGUGCAUCUUUCACCUCAAGAAAGGGGGCAGGCAUUGUCAAUAAGCCGAUCUCUAUUUGAAGCCAAAUCGGCUGCCAAAAGGGGGAUAACCGUGUGCAGUGAAUUGAGAAGAUCAGUGAUUGAAAGUAUAGAAGCAGCAGGCGGAAAAAUUGAUUAUAUUGAGAUCGUGGAUCAAGAGACCCUAGAAGCAGUGGAAGAGAUGAAGAGUGGAGUUGUAUUGUGUGUUGCAGCAUGGUUUGGGAAGGUCAGAUUGAUCGACAACAUGGAAAUUCAUGUAUAACAAUAGCAAAUAAUAAUGCUUGUUUUGUGGAUAAAUCAUUACAUUGUUAUUGUGCAACCAUCUUUGUUAACCAUGGGUGUUAGACCCAGUUUACAUAUAAUCCCAUUGCAGGGCUCAAA